AUGAAAUCCGCCAUCUCGCUUCUGCUGGCCAGCGCGGCCACCUACGUCGGUGCUUCUCCGCACCCCGAACCGCCGCAGCUGGUGCUGUCACCGUCGACGUCUACAGGAGUACACGGAGAUGAGGCGACCAGCGCCAUUGCCUCCAGCGCCGCCGACGAUGUCAUCAGCGACUCCCCCUUCCUGUCCUUCCAUCGCGAUCUCGUGCAGAUCUCGUCCAUCUCCGGCCACGAGCGCAAAGCCGGGGACUUUGUAGCCGAGUUCCUCCAAGCCCACAACUUCACCGUCGUCAAGCAGCCCGUCCCCUCCAAAGACGGCCGCCAGCCCGACGAAGACCGCUUCAAUGUCUUCGCCUACCCGUCCGGCGCGUCCGCCGCGCCUAAAAUCCUCCUCACCAGCCACAUCGACACCGUCCCGCCCUUCAUCCCAUACAGCGCAGCCCGCGUCGACAACGACAUCCGCAUCUCGGGCCGCGGCUCCGUCGACGCCAAGGGUAGCGUUGCCGCGCAGGUCUUCGCCGCCCUGGACAUCCUGGAGCGCGACCCCUCCGCCCCGCUCGGGCUCCUCUUCGUCGUCGACGAAGAAGUCGGCGGCACCGGCAUGAAGGUCUUCUCCGACUCGUCCCUGAACCCGUCCCCCUCGCCCUUCCGCGCCGUCAUCUUUGGCGAGCCCACUGACCUCGCCCUCGUAUCCGGCCACAAGGGCAUGCUGGGCUUCGAGCUCGUCGCAACCGGCCAGGCCGCCCACUCCGGCUACCCGUGGCUGGGCCACAGCGCCGUGUCCGCCCUGCUCCCGGCCCUGCUGCGCGUCGACCGCCUGGGCGACAUCCCGGCGCAGGAAGGCGGCCUCCCCUCGAGCCCGAAAUACGGCCGCACGACCGUCAACAUCGGCCGCAUGGAGGGCGGUGUGGCGGCCAACGUUGUGCCCGCGUCCGCGCAUGCGAAUGUCGCCGUGCGUCUCGCCGCGGGGACCCCCGACGAGGCGCGGGAUAUCGUCCGGCGCGCUGUCCGCGAUGCCACCGGCGGCGAUGAGAAUGUCUACCCCGACUUCAGCGAAUGGUCUGAGGGAUACCCGCCCCAAGACCUGGAUACGGAUGUCGAUGGCUUCGAGGUUACCACGGUCAAUUACGGGACGGAUGUGCCUAACCUCCGUAUUCAUGAGCGUGCCGAUGGCGCGCCCGUCCGUCGGUAUCUGUAUGGUCCGGGGAGCAUCCACGUUGCGCAUGGGGACCAUGAGGCGAUCACGGUUGCGCAACUGGAGGAGGCACUGCAGGGGUAUCGCAAGUUGAUUGAGGCCGCUAUGUAG